ACAUUUGUGUUGACAUUAACCUUAACACAUGUCAUGUCUUCCGUAUUUAACGGGUGAACUGAAAUCCAAAACACUCUUUUUCAGUUUUCAUUUCACAUAGCAACAAAUUGCAUUCAUUUACUUGGUCCUCAAAUUCACUGUACGAUACAACUCUGUUUUGUAAAUUAAGGUGACCGACCAGGUCUUGUUCAGCUUCACCUCUCUUUUCUUCAUUCAUUCAUAUUCUCCAAUUUUUGGAUUGGAUGAUGAGAUAGAUUCAAAGGAGGUGGAUGAUCCUCAACUACACCAUAUAGGGGAAAUUGUGCUUCUUCGGCUGCUUUUGAUUCUGAUUCAGAAGCCGUUUGAUGAUACAGUUAUUUGAUGCAAGUAGGUGUGUUGAAUUUAAUUUGACAACUUUAAGUCGUCUUAUACCAUGUUUUUCUCAAGCUUAUCCCCCCUAUGAAAAUGCAGUCUUGUCUGGUAUUAUGAAGUGUUUUCCAUUCCACUCUGGAGAUAAUAAAAAAGAUGAACCGAAGGGCUUGCAAUCCGCGUCGGGCCGUUCAGAAAGUUCCACAUAUGUUGAUGCCGAAGGUAAAAGGUAUAGUUCUGAAUUGAAUUCUCAGGAUGUCUCGGAUAGUGGCAGCGUGGAUUCCCUCAGGAGGAACGCGCCUCCCAAUAUGUCCCAAAGACCUAGCAACCUUAGAGUGUUUACUGUAUCUGAACUGAAAUCAGCCACAAAGAAUUUCAGUCGGUCUGUUAUGCUUGGAGAGGGCGGGUUCGGUUGUGUCUAUCAGGGUGUAAUUAGAAGUGUAGACGACCCAUCUAGAAGAAUUGAGGUUGCAGUUAAACAACUUAGUAAAAGAGGAGUGCAGGGGCACAGGGAAUGGGUGACAGAAGUGAAUGUUCUAGGCAUUGUUGAGCAUCCCAAUCUUGUGAAACUAGUGGGCUACUGUGCCGAUGAUGACGAAAGAGGUAUCCAGCGGCUUCUGAUAUAUGAAUACAUGCCUAACAGAAGUGUGGAACACCAUUUAUCUCACCGAGCAACAACUCCUCUCCCAUGGAGUAGGAGAAUAAAAAUAGCACAAGACGCUGCUCGUGGAUUAACAUACCUGCACGAGGAAAUGGAUUUUCAGAUAAUUUUCAGAGAUUUCAAAUCUUCAAACAUCCUUCUGGAUGAUCAGUGGAAUGCAAAGCUAUCAGACUUUGGGUUAGCAAGACUUGGACCAUCGGAUGGACUAACCCAUGUCUCAACAGCGGUUGUAGGAACAAUGGGGUACGCAGCUCCUGAGUAUCUUCAAACCGGACGUCUCACAUCAAAGAAUGAUGUGUGGAGCUACGGUGUUUUCCUUUAUGAACUCAUUACUGGCAGGCGCCCUUUAGAUCGAAAUCUCCCCAAGGGUGAACAGAAGUUGUUGGAAUGGAUAAAGCCAUACCUAUCAGAUGCAAAGAAAUUUCAACUUAUAUUGGAUCCAAGGCUUGAUAAGAAACAAGUAAUCAAAUCAGCUCAAAGACUUGCUACGAUAGCUAACCGAUGCUUAGUUAAAAAUCCAAAGAGCCGACCAAAGAUGAGCGAGGUUUUGCAAAUGGUGAAUGGAAUAGUAGAAUCAUCAUCCAGUGAAAAUUCACAUAUGCCCUCGAAGAAUGUGUCGAGAGUAGACGUUUCACACGACACUGAAAUAAACACGAAGAAGAAACGGACUAUGGAUCAGAAGCCUGGAGAAAGUAAUUGGUUUGUUAGGAUGUGGAGACCAAAGCUUGUAAGAACAUGUUAAUGAACAUACAUGUUUCACAAUGCCAUGAUGUUCCAUAUCCUAUAAUAGUGUGUAUAAAUAAUAUUCAAUGUGAAAAUUUUCAGGGAUGCUGAUGAAGUUAGGAGGAAUGAUUUAUGAAUUUCAUGAGAGAAGAUAGAAUUCAUAAUGCUGGAAAUUGUCACAGAAGUGAAAUGGUUAUUAGUUUAGCUAUAGUUUAGUUUAAAAUUGAUACUAUUUACUUGUAUCUUGUAAUUUUAGCAGUUACAUUUAAAAGUCCUUAGAAUUUUUGCAGAGUUUAGCAUCAAAUAUAUGGUGGGACCUACUUACUACUA